GUUUGUGUGGUUGUAUUAUUAUCAGCUCUUUCUACAAUGGGUCAAAGAAUCUAUUAUAAAGAAAAUAAAGAAAAAGCCUGGUAUCUUUGGGGUCAAGAUGUUGGUAUUGCUCCUACAUUAAUGGGGUUUAUUAUUAUGUAUAAUACUUUGAUUCCGUUAUCGCUUUAUGUUACUAUGGAGAUUAUCAAAGUUAUGCAAUUGUGUUUUCUACAGUAUGAUCUCGACAUGUAUCAUGCAGAAACUAAUACUCCCGCAGACGCAAAGACGGCCACUAUUUUAGAAGAGUUGGGCCAAGUCAGUUAUAUAUUUAGUGAUAAAACGGGUACUUUGACAGACAAUCAGAUGAUCUUUAGAAAAUUCAGUAUUUGCGGUGUUAGUUGGCUUCAUGAUUUAGACUUGAUGUUAGAAGAGAAAAGACAGCCCACGGAACAUUUUGAUUUUUCUCAAGUAGUACCUCAAAGUCCAACUACCGGUGGGUUUGGUAAUAGAACUAGUUAUCAUGAACCACGAAAUAGCUUCCAAAGUCUCGCAAGGGAAAGUUUUCAAACCGCUGACUACAAUCCAAGGAACAGUACAACUCUGAUUGCAAGAGAAAGUAUCGAAUUACAACCUGUUAGAUCCGAAUCAACUUGGAAGUCAACGGCUAACCCUCACAAAGUUCAAGAUUUAAAGAACUCGCUACAAUUAUUGAAAUAUGUCCAAUCUCAUCCUCAAACUUUGUUCUCCAAGAAGGCAAAGUUUUUCCUUUUGAGCAUUGCUUUAUGUAAUACGUGUAUACCAAGGAAAAAUGAUUCAUCGUUAUCAACAUCUUCUUCAUCUCUAUCAUUGAAUGAUCAAAUUAUAGAAGAACCAGAAGAAGAUAUCACUGAGGAAGCUUCCGACGAAGCUUUAGAUUAUCAAGCUGCAUCACCGGAUGAGUUGGCUUUGGUUAAAGCAGCAAGAGAUUUAGGGUUUGUUGUUUAUGAUAGAGUCAACAACACCUUAACUAUCAAAACAUAUCCUCAAGGGUUCGGUAAAGAGCCAAAAUUCGAAGUGUAUGAAUUACUAAAUGUAAUUGAAUUUAGCUCAGCCAGAAAGAGAAUGUCAGUACUUGUGAAAUUUCCCGACAACAGAAUUUGUCUUAUUUGUAAAGGAGCUGAUAAUGUUAUCUUGGAAAAAUUGAAAAAUACAGAACUAGCUCAACGUAAGGCUAGGGAGAUUUCCCUCAAUUCAAGUGAUCGUAAGACUAUGGAAGCAGAUAUUGUUUUGAACGCUAAAGUAUCCCACGAUAUUGAAUCAUCUAGGAGAUCAAUGAGCUCAUUACGUAACAGCUUAAGUUUUUCGAACGGAAAUGAUGACGUUAUUAUAAGGAUGAGUUCAAUUGAUCAUAACUUAGCCAAAGAUGAAGAACUUAACAGUAUUGCCGAAAAAGCCAGAAAAUCUCUUCAUUCAAAACAAGUUAAGAGAUACAGCAUGGACUCUGCCGCAUAUAUUCCGGAGAGCCAACAAAAUUCGGGUCAGACUAACGCUUCUCAAUAUCUACCACCUGAUAAAUUAUUGGUAAAUGAUGAAUUCAUUAUCGAAAAGACUUUAGAACAUGUUGAGGAAUUUUCUACUGAAGGUUUGAGAACUUUGCUUUAUUCAUUCAGAUGGAUUGAUAAGAAGUACUACGAUGAAUGGUCAAGGGAAUACAGCGAUGCCAAAAUUUCCUUCACAGAUCGUGCAAAGAAAAUUGAGGAAACUGGUUCAAAAAUCGAACAAAACCUUGAGUUGAUAGGUGCCACAGCAAUUGAAGAUAAACUUCAGGAUGGUGUAAGUGUUGCGAUUGAAAAGCUUAGAAGAGCCGGAAUUAAAUUAUGGAUGCUUACCGGUGAUAAAAGAGAGACUGCGAUUAACAUUGGUUAUUCAUGUGGGUUAAUAAAGGACUACUCGACAGUCGUAAUUUUGUCAAAUGAUGAAGGUAAAGACCGAUUAGCGCAAGUAAUCACAAGUGCUGGUCUUGAAAUUAAAGCUGGAAGAGUUGCUCAUUGCGUUUUGGUAAUCGAUGGGGCUACCCUAGGAACCAUAGAAGACGAAUCUCCAUUACUUUCGAUAUUUAUUGAAUUAUGCAUCCAAGCAGACUCAACUAUAUGCUGUCGUGCUUCACCAUCUCAAAAGGCAAAUAUGGUUAGUAGAGUUCGUGAAGUAAAGAAAGACUCUGUCACAUUAGCAAUAGGUGAUGGUGCGAAUGACAUUGCGAUGAUUCAAAGUGCUGAUAUUGGGGUUGGUAUAACUGGUAAAGAAGGUUUACAAGCUGCCAGAUCCGCUGAUUAUGCAAUUGCUCAGUUCAGGUUUCUUCUUAAAUUAUUAUUAGUGAAUGGUAGGUAUAAUUACAUUAGGACUUCCAAAUUUGUUUUAUGCACAUUUUACAAAGAAUUUUUAUUCUAUCUUACUCAAGCAGUUUAUCAAAGAUAUACAUUAUUUUCUGGAUCGUCAUUAUACGAAAGCUGGUCAUUGUCAAUGUUCAAUACCUUGUUUACAUCAUUGCCCGUUUUAUGCGUUGGUAUGUUUGACAUGGACUUGAGGCCAUCAACUUUAUUGGCAAUUCCAGAAUUAUAUUCUAAAGGAAGAUUAUAUCAAGCUUUUAACUUAAAGGUUUUCAUUUCGUGGAUGAUACUUGCUGCGUUACAAAGUGUGGGUAUAUCUUUCAUCGGAUAUAAGAUAUGGGGAAGCUCUGCAUUAAGGGACAAUACUACCUUGCCAAUUGGUACUUUAAUCUUUGCAACUUUGGCAAUAGUCAUAAACGCUAAAUGUGUACUGAUUGAAAUGCAGAAUAGACAAUGGCUAGCAUUUGCAUCUCUCAUAAUUUCGGUAGGAGGUUAUGGACUUUGGAACGUAAUCAUCAUGUUGCUUUAUAGAGCCAAAAAUGCCCCAAUAUUUUAUGUUGACUAUGGGUUAUUAAUAUGGGGUCAAGAUCCUUCUUGGUGGGCAGCAUUAUUAGUCCUAUUCACAAUUCCUUUAUUCUUUGAUAUUUUAUUGAAAGUAUGCAAAUUUACCUUCAAGCCAUCAGAUGAUUUAUUAUUCCAAUUAUUCGAAAAAGAUCUUGAUAUGAGAAGAUUUUUUGAGCAAAGCUCAUUUAAAGAGCUACAACAAGGCUGGCAAUAUCCUCGUCAACCAAGUUCUUGGCGUAUAGCUGCUAUCAAAGGCUAUAAAUUUGUUAGGAACAAAUUAGGAAUAAUCGAUAGCCCAGUAUUAGAUGAUGUUGAUAUAGCUCCUGGGAGCGCAGUUCAUAGAAAAAGAGCAGGAACAGACCCAAGCAGAGGUGAAUUACCACCUAGCGGAGAAGGACAAGCUCUAUAUCAAGGUGACUUUCAAAAAGUUCAAGAUGGUCCUUAUGAAAUCCUACCUAGUGGUAAGAAAGUUAAGAUCAAAAGACGGGAUGGAAUUUUAUCAAAAAUUGGAAAUACCUUCAAAGUUGGUAAGACAAAAGAUGAGGAUGAUGUUGACGCGAUAAUUGAAGCAAGGUUGGAGAAUUUGAGAAGAGAGGAAGAAGAGGAAUUUGACAAUAAUCACAGAGCUCACUAGUUUCACUUUAGUCAUCUCAGCCCGAGUCUUCUAUACUAUAGAAGUAAGAUAGUUAAUUCUUGAAUGAUUCUUUUUUGACUGUAAGUAAUAGUUUAUAUAAAAGUUUUUAUUAAUAAAUAUACAUGAUGAU